CAUAGGUUUUGCACGUCAUACGGCUUUCGUGUUGUUGACAGAAAACGCCGUUGCAAGAGUACAGAAAAACUUUGCAGAAAUCAACUAUUUCCGGAGAACUGUGAGUUAUGCGCUUCUUAUUUUGACGCACAGAUGCUGAUAGUGUGAAAAUAUGCUCACCAAGUUUGAAACCAAGAGUGCAAGGGUGAAAGGCCUAUCCUUCCACACCAAAAGACCAUGGAUAUUGGUGAGCCUGCACAGCGGGGUGAUCCAGCUAUGGGACUACCGCAUGUGUACGCUGGUGGACAAGUUUGAUGACCACGAGGGGCCCGUGAGGUCCGUGUGUUUCCACGAGCAACAGCCGCUCUUCGUGUCGGGCGGCGACGACUACAAGAUCAAGGUCUGGAACUACAAGUUGCGCCGUUGUCUCUUCACCCUCUUGGGUCACCUGGACUACAUCCGCACCGUGGAGUUCCACCAGGAGUAUCCAUGGAUCCUGUCAGCCAGCGACGACCAGACCAUCAGGCUGUGGAACUGGCAGUCCCGGCAGUGCGUUAGCAUCCUGACGGGCCACAACCAUUACGUUAUGUGCGCACGCUUCCAUCCUACGCAGGACCUCAUCGUGUCUGCCUCCCUCGACUCCAGCGUCCGAGUCUGGGACAUUUCUGGUAUCGUGACAACAGCUGGGCUUGGGGGCAGCAAUUCUCAGGAGGGUCUACGCAGCAAGAACGUAGCCCCUGGUCUGGGUUCCUCUCUCCUCGACGAGCACCCCAGUCUCCCGCACCAGUUCAGCGGGCGUGGUGGUGGUGGUGGUAGCCACAGUCGCACCACCCCGGAGCUCUUCAGCAGCGGUGACGCGGUGGUCAAACAUGUGCUCGAGGGGCAUGACAGGGGUGUUAACUGGGCAGCAUUCCACCCAACCCUGCCGCUCCUGCUCUCCGGCAGUGAUGACCGCCUCGUUAAACUCUGGAGGAUGAGUGAGACGAAGGCGUGGGAGGUUGACACGUGUCGUGGUCACUACAACAACGUCUCUUGUGUGAUGUUCCACCCUCGUCAGGAGCUUAUCCUCUCCAACGGAGAGGACAAGAGCAUCCGCGUGUGGGACCUGGCCAAGCGCGUGUGUCUCCACACCUUCAGGAGAGACGAUGACAGGUUUUGGGUGAUGGCCGCCCACCCCACGCUGAACCUGUUCGCCGCAGGGCACGACAGCGGCAUGAUGGUCUUCAAGCUCGAGCGAGAGCGUCCUGCCUACGCCCUCAACGGCAACCUUCUCUACUACGUCAAGGAGAGGUUUCUGCGUCGGCUUGACCUGACCAAGAACAAGGAUGUGGCCAUAAUGCAGCUCAGGACCACAGGACGCAUGACUCCUCCGUACUCCUUGGCUUACAAUCCUGCGGAGAACAGCGUGCUAGUCACCACCCGCAACACCAACACUGACAACUCCUGCUAUGAUCUCUACCAGGUACCAAAGGAAGAGUCUGCUGGAGAAACCACAACUCCCACGGAAGCCGCGGAAUCUAAACGCGCUGGAGGCUUCACCGCCGUGUGGGUGGCGAGGAACCGGUUUGCUGUCAUGGACAAACAUCACCAGGUGACCAUCAAAAAUCUCCAGAAUGAAAUAACGAAGAAGGUGGCAAUUCCGUCUAACGUAGACGAAAUCUACUACGCCGGCACCGGCAUGCUGCUGCUCCGUGACCCCGAGAACAUGUCCAUGUUCGACAUCCAGCAGAAACGUAUCAUGGGCACAGCGCGGGUAGCCAAAUGUCGCUACGUCGUUUGGAACAACAACCUCAGCAUUGCCGCGAUGCUCUGCAAGCAUAACAUUACCAUCCUUAACCGUAAGAUGGAACGUCUCUGUUCAUUUACAGAAACAAGUCGUGUCAAGUCCGGAGCUUGGGACGACAGUGGGGUUUUCAUCUACACGACCAGCAAUCACAUUAAGUAUGCCCUCACAAAUGGCGAUACGGGCAUCAUCCGGACCCUGGACCUUCCCGUGUACAUCACACGUGUUCAGGGUACCUCCGUAUACUGCUUGGACCGUGAGCCUAGCCCCCGUGUGAUGACCAUCGAUCCCACCGAGUACAAAUUCAAGUUGGCCUUGGUGCAACGCAAGUACGAUGAAGUACUGCAGAUGGUACGAGGAGCUAAGCUCGUUGGUCAGUCCAUCAUCGCCUACCUCCAGAAGAAGGGCUACCCUGAAGUUGCGCUCCACUUUGUCAAAGAUGAAAGAACCAGGUUCUUGCUGGCUCUGGAAUGCGGCAACGUGGAUGUGGCACUCGAGGCAGCUAAAGCUUUGGAUGACAAAGCAUGCUGGGAGAAACUCGCUGAACAUGCACUCAUGCACGGCAACCACCCCGUGGUGGAGUACUGUUUCCAGCAGACUAAGAACUACGACAAGCUCUCGUUCCUCUACCUCAUCACCGGUAACCUGGCCAAGCUCAAACGUAUGAUGAAGAUCAAUGAGAUCCGCAAAGAUUACGAAGGAUGGUACACCAACGCCCUGUACCUUGGUGAUGCCAGUGAGCGAGUACGUGUUCUCAAGUCUUUGGGACGCACGCAACUGGCACUUUUGACAGCCAAGACGCAUGGACUCGAACAGGAGGUCGAGAGUCUCGCCAGUAGCUGCGACAUUGAGGUGCAAGUGGCCCCAGACGCGACUCUGCUUCAGCCGCCCGUCCCCGUGUACUCCUCUGGCGACGCCCCUUGGCCGGCGCUCACUAAAGCAAAGGGCUUCUUUGACGCCGCACCUUCAGGAUCUGGUGCCUCGAAAACCACUACAUCCGCUGCCAUCUUCGGUGAUGAAGAGGAUGUCGUGGCUACUGCAGGGGAUGGUUGGGGAGAAGAUUCUGAUGAGGAGGUGACCGCAGCUGCUGCUGCUGCUGGGGGAAGUGGGGAAGAGAAAGGGGAAGGAGGAUGGGAUGUGGAUGACGAUGACCUGGAGCUUCCACCUGAUCUCGACGUGUCUGUUGCUGCAGGCACCGCCACGGACGGCAGCGGCUACUACGUUCCACCGCCGCGUGCACCGCCCCCAUCGCAGGGCUGGAGUCAGCGCAGUCAGCUCGCCAUCGAUCACGUCAUUGCUGGGUCCUUUGAGUCUGCCGCCCGCCUUCUGCACCAACAAGUUGGAGUGGUGAACUUCGAGCCUUACCGCGCACUGUUCCUGGCGAGCUACUCACACUCGCGCACGAGCUUCCCUGGCGCCGUGGGGUUGCCUUCUCUGCUCGCGUAUCCUGCGCGCAACUGGCGCGCCGCCGCGCAGAAAGAUCAGCUUCCUGUACUUGGCCUCACGCUGCGCUCCUGUAUGGACAAACUUAAGGAAGCGUCGCAGCUGACGACGGUAGCCAAGUUCACGGAGGCGGUCGCGGAGUUCCAGGCUGUGCUGCUCUGCGCGCCGCUCCUCGCUGUCGACACGCGUCAGGAGGUAACGGAAGCGCAGAACUUGGUUCGUAUCUGCAAGGAGUAUCUGGUGGGCAUUCAGAUGGAGCUGCAGCGCAAGACUCUUGGCAAGACGUCGCCUGAAGACAUCAAACGAUCACUCGAGAUGGCGGCUUACUUCACUCACAGCGACCUGCAGCCCGGCCAUCAGAUAUUGACGCUGCGCACCGCCGUCAACCUCGCCUUCAAGCUCAAGAACUACAAGAUGGCAAUGAGCUUUGGUCGCCGUCUUCUUAAUCUUGGACCGCGACCUGAGGUUGCCCAGACGAUCCGUAAAGUAUUGCAGGCGAGUGAAAAGAACCCCGUGGACGCAAUAGAAGUUCAGUACGACGAGCAUAACCCGUUCAACAUUUGCGCCAUGUCCUACGUGCCCAUCUACAGGGGCAAGCCUGAGGUGACGUGCCCCUUGUGUGGGGCGUCUUACCUGCCUGAGUAUGCUGGAAAACUUUGCCGUGUUUGCACCGUAGCAGAAAUCGGCAAGGACUGCAUUGGCAUGAGGGUUUCGCAACUUCAGUUCCGGUAAAUCGAGAGUUUUCAAGCAGUUCGAUGAAUUUUGUUCGCAUAUUGAUAAGAGAUUAAGGGAUAUCAUGAUUAAAAAGAUGGUUGAGAUUGCCGCUAGAGGCACCAAUUGAAAUCAGUGAAAUAGAUGAUUUUUCCUCAACAUAUUAAAUUUUUAGCGUGGAGCAAAAAAGAAAAUAGCAACGCGUCGUGUGGAUUUCAUGUAUUCUGUUUACUUUCAGUUAACACCUCUUGGAUGUUAUAAGAAGGGCUAUGUGGGUUGUAUACAUUUCUUCCAGCUACUAGGUGAAGUAAAUGCACUAAGAGGCAAUAAAAUUACUAAAUGGAUUUUCAACUCUUAUUUAUAGAUGACAAAUAUAUACAAUCCACUUUAUUUUAAUUUUCUAUUCUCGUACUUCUGUUGUUCGUUCAUACAUAAUUUAUGCUAUCAGUUCUAUUAUAAAACAUCGAGAUUU